AAAAUUUUACCUGAAUUUAAAAAUCGAAAAUGAGCGGCCGCGGCAAAGGAGGCAAAGGACUCGGAAAAGGGGGCGCCAAGCGUCACCGUAAGGUUCUCCGUGACAACAUCCAAGGCAUCACCAAACCCGCUAUCCGCCGUCUGGCUCGCCGCGGCGGUGUGAAGCGUAUCUCCGGUCUGAUCUACGAGGAGACUCGCGGUGUGCUCAAGGUUUUCCUGGAGAAUGUGAUUCGUGACGCCGUCACUUACACCGAGCACGCCAAGAGGAAGACUGUGACCGCCAUGGACGUGGUGUACGCCCUGAAGAGACAGGGCCGCACUCUGUACGGCUUCGGAGGUUAAACUCACAGCACCGACCUCAACUAAACCAACGGCUCUUUUAAGAGCCACGCACCACACGGAAGAGUAACUUCUUAUAAUUGUUUAAAUCUCUGGCUAAAGAAUGUGACAUUAAAUUAGUUAACGCUCAUCUCCACCUAUGCUCUGUAAAAUGUUAAUUAAAUGUGUACAAAGGUU